ACGAUCGAAAUGGAAUUGCUCACAUCUCCAUCAUUCCACCAUAUCUCGCCACUUACACGGUCUAGAAGCGAUGUUCGUUCAGCUGCAAUGAGAAGAUCCAACUCUUUCUCCGGAGUCACCCGAUCGACCUCCAGCAACCGGUUCUCUCGUCCCGAAUAUGGAUACGGUGGUGGCUAUAUGGCCCGUUCAAUCAACAAAUGCGGUGGAUCUAUCUUUGGAAGAUCUCUCGCUGCAUCGGCGCUCACCACAACUCCACCAUUCCACAGCGUUGGAGUUCAGCGUAGUACCCCACAUUACACCGACAAAUACCCAUAUGUUCGAUACAGCUAUGGAAACACUGACACCGGACUCGGCAUUUUGACUCAAUCGGAAUCGGUCUACGGCCACCACUCUGGAAUUCGUGAUAUUGGAACUAAGCGUUGGCUGGAGGGAAAGCUCAAUGCCUAUAACACCUCUCUUUUCACCCGUCCCGACUACCAAAAACGUGUUGAGAGACCACUAGCAUCAGCAAGAAGCUACGUCCGAUAUAUGCCAGUUGAUGACGCCUUGGAUAUGUACAAGAAGAGAUGUAUGACAGUUGGAACGUUGUCGAAGUACUGGCUUUCACCAGCUACUUGGGCUUCCCGUCGCGAGAAGGAGCUCAACCUCUCGUCAUCUCUCAGCCGUGGAAACUACUCUUACUCUAGCCGAUUUGACAGACUUGGAGGACGCGUUUAUUAAAUUUUCUAAAACCUUCUGAUCCAUUUCAUCGACUUCAACAUUUUUCCAUCGCGAUUCAACAUUCACGAUAUGUUCUUUCUACACGACUUCUUGACGCCGUUUUCGCAUUUUGUUUGGUGUUUAACAAAGUGCGAUGAGCAGCUCGGUUCAGUUAUUCUUUUUUUUCUUGUUUUAUACUUUAAUUGAUAUUCCAAUAAAAUCAAAAUAAUUA